AUGUCAGAAUAUGAAUUUAAUUCCUAUAUUUGGACGCCAUUAUUGAGGAAUGCGUUUCUUGAUAAGAAAGACCUUAAACUAAACUAUGGGGAACUGGCAUCAAGAUCGUACGAAAAACUAAAAGAACUUUUGGAUAUCGGUGGCCGUAGUGCACCAAAACUGGAUGGAAAAGGCUUUCUCAAGUCUUUGGGAACCGAAAUUCUAGCACAAGAGGAUGGCGUUCUAAACACGCGAGGUAAAAGAAAAGGUGAUCUACAAAAACUAGAAUACUGUUCGAAAGUCAUCCUCACAACGCUCUUUUUUGCAUUACCCUCUGCUGCAAAAGCAAGUAUCAAAAAUAUUGAGACUUAUAGUCUCCAAUCAAAUGGGUUCCGUCUUACAAUCUCUGUAUCAAAGUAUCUCUUUGAAGAUACUAUUAUUACAAUGGAUUUACAAGAUGUUGAAGUCCCAAGGACUGUAGAAGGAUUUUCAAAUCUAAUAGUGGCUGUAAAGGUGAUUUUAUCUUGGAAGGCGCGUACUAGAAAUAAUACAAUAACAUUCUAUAAUGCAUUAAAGAAGGGCAAUAAACGUUUAUCAAAUGGGGCUCGUUUUUCACCAAAAAGAGUACCUCUACAUCCUCUACAUAAUAUGUGA